AUGUACUUGGUAUUGCUGAACGUGCAAGGCGGUAAUGGCGGCGAGUAUGGCGCAGGCGCUGCGGCGCUCAGUUCGGGCUCGGCGUCCUCCGGCGCGCAGUCGCCGGCGUCGCCCCCGCACGCGCACUUGCCGCUGGCGCCGCACGCGCACGCUCACGCACACGCACACGCGCACGCGCACACGCACGCGCACACGCACGCUCACGCCGCGCACCAGUCGCCGCGGCUGCGUGCCAAAGAAGAGGACCUGUCCGCGCACGGACGCGCCAGUGCUGAUGGCGGCGGGUCGUCGGAGUCGGAGGGUGAGUGCGGUGCAGCGCGUGGACGUGCUCAGUACGUCAGCGCGAACUGCGUCGUGUUCACGCACUACGCAGGCGACGUGGCGGCGGUUGUGGACGAGCAUUUCGCGCGCGCACUCGCCGUCGACAAGCCUAAAGAGAGCGUGCCGCUGGCGUCCCGCAACCUGCCCGCGUCGUUUUUCAACGCGGCGGCGUGCGGCGGGGCGGGCGGUGGCGGCGGGGCGGGCGGCGGCGCGUCCUGCGGGCUGGAGCUGUACGAGUACGACCCGUGGCACCAGCCGUACGGCUACGCGCGCGACUACCAGCACGUGGGCUACGGCGGGCUGCUGCUGGGCCGCGGCGGGCUGCACGCGCAGUACAAGCCGGUGGAGUGGGGCGCGCAGCACGCGCACCACACUCACCACCCGCACCACCCGCACGCGCACCUCGACCCCGCCGCCUGCGCGCCCUACUCCUACCCCGCGGUGCCCGGUACCUAUGCCAUCCACAGCGUCUGGUUAAACUUAGCGACCUUCAAGAAAAGAGCAUAUGCGAUUCCCCUGGUGCUGCAGUCGUUCACAAGCGGCGGCAGUUACUUGCCACCAGGCCCGUACAAAUAUAUAGGUAUCCGUCAAACACACCUCCUCACAGGUAGUCGAGUGACAGACAAGGUGGCGGUUCCUUCAGAGUACAAGGCGGGCGGUAUAUUUUCAUUUUCAAAGAGAUUCCGCGCGCGGCGCGGCGCUCUAAUUGUGAUGAUUCAGCUGCGCCAGUGA